AUGGACCAGGACCACCAACUGGGUAGAGGGUCAUCUAUCACCACUACUCCACAGAUGGACCAGGACCACCAACUAGGUAGAGGGGCAUCUAGCACCACUACUACACAGAUGGACCAGGACCACCAACUAGGUAGAGGGGCAUGUAGCACCACUACUCCACAGACGGACCAGAUCCACCAACUGGGCAGAGGGUCAUCUGUCACCACUACUCCACAGACGGACCAGAUCCACCAACUGGGGAGAGGGUCAUCUAUCACCACUACUCCACAGAUGGACCAGGACCACCAACUAGGUAGAGGGGCAUCUGUCACCACUUCUCCACAGAUGGACAAGAUCCACCAACUAGGUAGAGGGUCAUCUAUCACCACUACUCCACAGAUGGACCAGGACCACCAACUAGGUAGAGGGGAAUGUACCACCACUACUCUGCAGAUGGACCAGAUCCACCAACUAGGUAGAGGGUCAUCUAUCACCACUACUCCACAGAUGGACCAGGAUCACCAACUAGGUAGAGGGGCAUGUACCACCACUACUCCACAUAUGGACCAGGACCACCAACUAGGUAGAGGGUCAUCUAUCACCACUACUCCACAGAUGGACCAGGACCGCCAACUGGGUAGAGGGGCAUGUAUCACCACUACUCCACAGAUGGACCAGAUCCACCAACUGGGGAGAGGGUCAUCCAUCACCACUACUCCGCAGAUGGACCAGGACCACCAACUAGGUAGAGGGUCAUCUGUCACCACUACUCCACAGAUGGACCAGAUCCACUAA